AUGGCCAGCAAGGAUGGUGGGCAGGCAUUCGCCCCGGUCCUGGCGGCCGUCGCAACCAUGCAAGGGAAUGUGCCUAGGUCCGAAAAGGCCCAGGCGCACGAAUUCUUAGAGAAGUUCCAAAAAUCGGUCGAGGCAUGGACAACUACGCACGCUCUAUUACAAUCCCCUGACGUUCCGGUGGAAGCCAAGUUAUUCGCUGCGACUACAUUGAAAGGAAAGAUCGUUUUCGAUUUAGACCAAUUGCCGCCAGAUUCUGUGGUCGCUCUACGAGACUCUGUCCUGAAUCUUCUUGUUGCUUUUGCCUCGGGCCCGCGACCAAUUCAAACCCAGCUAUGCGUGUGUCUUGCGAGCUUAGCGAUUCAGAUGCUCGGCUGGAAGGAUGUUCUGGCCACGGUGGGGUCGGCCCUGGGCAGCAGUGCGGGGGAUUGUGUCUUGGAAUUUUUAAAAAUCUUACCAGAGGAAGUCACAGAGGGACGGAAAAUCAACCUUGGCGAGGACGAACUGAUCGAGCGCACGAAAGAACUUCUGGAAGAUAAUGCCGAGCAGGUGAUGCAGUUGUUGAUUCAGUAUGCUCAAUCAUCACCUGCCGCCGCCACAAAUCCCCGCCUUCUCGAUUGUAUCACUUCUUGGCUUCGUGAAAUCCCGGCCGCCCAAGUCAUCGAUUCCCCCUUGAUGGACGUGAUUAUCAAGGCUCUGGACAAUGAUAGCUCAUUCGACGCCGGUGUGGAUUGUAUGUGCACGUUGUACAGGGACACCAAAGAUGUUCACGAGUCGCUGCCGAUCAUUCAAGCCCUUUAUCCGCGACUGAUGGCACUCCGGCCCAAGAUUGCCGAAACCGCAGAGACAGAGGACUUGGAAGCGUUCAAGGGCAUCACACGGAUGUUUGCCGAGGCCGGCGAGGCUUGGGUUGUUCUCAUUGCUCGCAUGCCUGCCGAAUUUAGAGGUCUGGUGGAAGCGAUCCUCGAAUGUUGCGCCAGGGACUGGGAACGCGAGGCCAUCUCUAUCACGUUCAUCUUUUGGUAUGAACUCAAGCAGUCGCUGACUAUUGAGCGGUACAACGAUGCUCGUGUGAACUAUGAAGACAUCUGGUCGCAGUUGAUGGACAUUAUGGUCAAGCAUCUCGAAUUCCCGACGCCGGAGGAAGGCGAGACUGACCUCUUUGGUGGUGAUCGAGAGCAGGAGGAAAAGUUCCGUCAGUUCCGCCAUGCGAUGGGGGAUGUGCUCAAAGAUUGCUGCUCUGUCAUCGGCGUGACCGACUGUCUCGGCAAAAUCUAUCAUUUGAUCCAGCAGUGGGUAGGCAAAUAUGCCUCGCAGGCGACCAAUGAGCACGUUCCUCACUGGCAGGAGCUCGAGGCGCCCCUUUUCGGUCUCCGUGCGAUGGGACGGAUGGUUGAUCCUGUUGAGACUACUGUUCUGGGUCAACUGAUUCCCUUGAUCGUCCAAAUCCCUGAGCAAGAGAAAAUUCGCUUCCAAGCCAUCAUGGCUCUCGCACGCUACACCGAGUGGACAUCUAUGCACCCGGAGACAUUGGAAGCCCAGCUAAACUACGUCAUCUCGGGCUUCCAGCAUCCAUCUGCGGAGGUGGUGCAGGCGGCUGCUUUGGCGUUCAAGUUCUUAGGAACUGAUUGCCAAAAGCUACUCGGUGGUCACAUCAACCAGCUUCAUACAUUCUUCGAGUCGGUGCUGGACAAGUUGAAGCCCAGCAGCCAAGAGGAAGUGACCGAGGGCGUGGCGGCCGUAGUAUCUGUGCAGCCCCUGGAGAAGAUUUACGACUCGAUGAAGAUGUUCUGCGAUCCCAUCAUGCAACGAAUCAUGAAUUUGGCUAACAAUGCCCAAGACGAGGAAGGACAACGUGCAGUGGCCGAUCAUCUUGGAUUGAUAUCAAUUUUCGUCCAGGUAGUCACACCUAUCGUCGCUCCUGGCGAAGAGAAUCCAGCCGUGAAGUAUUGUGGUGAGAUUUUGCCUAUCAUGACCACUAUAGUCAUGAAUUUCACCUCCUCGACCCCGAUUCUCGAGCGAGUCUGCCGCUGCUGGCGAAAUAUGAUCAUUUCCUACCGCACGGCAAUGAUCCCUCUCUUGCCUACCCUUGCCGAGAGCAUUGCAAAUGGAUUCCAGGCCUCUCGCGAGGGCGGUUUCCUGUGGGCUACCGACGCUGUCGUACGAGAGUUCUCUCAUGGUGCCGAAUAUGUUGAUGAGGCUACCAGCAACGCCGUGUUCCACUUUUACGAGCAACAAGCAACUGCCUUCCUCCGUAUUAUGAACGACUUGCCGCCAGAAAAUUUGCCCGAUGUCAUCGAAGACUUCUUCCGGCUCUCUUCUGAUGCUGUUCGAUAUUACCCUAAGAAGUGCAUCUCCUCAGAGCUGGCUGUGCCCAUCUUUUCAGCGGCUCUCAGCGCCCUCACCCUUCAACAGGUCGAUCCUCUCAUCGCCACCCUCCACUAUUACCGGGAUCUCUUCAGCUUUGCCUUUGAGAAGCCCCUGGUCUCGGAAUUCACCAGUCCGGAUGAGGAACCAUAUGUCAAUCCUCCGGAGGUACGGGAAGCGGUUAAGAAUCUCAUUGCCUCGCAGGGCCAACUGCUCUCUCAACGUGUCCUGGCCGGCAUGAUCUUUACAUUCCCCGGUGAUUGUUUCCCAGAUGCCUCUGCCAUCAUGAUGACCAUGUUCGAACUGCUUCCUCACGAGACAGGGGCCUGGCUUCAAAACACGCUGCAAAUGCUUCCGCCUGGAUCGAUGAAGCCCGCGGAGGCCGAACGUUUGAUGAAGAACAUUGCCGAAAAAGUGCAAACCGGUGAAAUUCGAAAGAUUCGUGUUCUGCUGCAAGAUUUCACCAACUCAUACCGCCGUCGUAAUGUCGCACCUCGCGACGGACUUGGUCGCUUGGAAGCCACGCGCUUCCGUUUCAGCGGAUGA